UUGACCAGAAUGUGCGAUCGGCCAGUGCAACUUCUUCUUCCAGCAGAACAUGUGUGUUAUUGCAAACUUGUAAAUUUCUUAAGAGAACGUUUAAAUCAACAUUUUAAAGUAUUUCGACCUCUUAACCAAUACAUCAAACUCGUAACAAUAUUCGCAUAUUUCAGACGUAGGCAAUUUGUCAUCAUGGCGACACCUUCACCGGAAGAUCUUCCCGUACCGGAGGACGACGGAAAAUGCGACCAUUUAGUCCCAGGGACGCCAAUUCCACCGAUAAGCUUGCCAGCCACGGAUGGCUCUUCCGUCAAUUUAUCCACUCUUUCCGGCUCGACGGUGCUUUACUGCUACCCACGCACGGGAAAACCGGAAGUUCCUUUGCCGGACGGAUGGGCCCUUAUCCCUGGCGCGAUGGGGUGCAAGCUGCAAACAUGCUCGUUCAAGAAUCACUUGAAGGAACUCCAAAAACUUGGGGUGACUCAUGUUUUUGGGUUAUCAACACAGGACACGGCUUAUCAAGCGGAAGCCUGGCAAAGGCUCCAUUUACCAUUCAACUUGUUGAGCGAUGAGAAGAGGGAAUUUAUUGAGGCGUUAAAUCUGCCAACUUUCGAAGCUCCCGAGUGUGGAGUGCUGGUCAAACGGGUCACACUGGUGAUUAAGGAUGGGGUAGUUUUGAAGGUGUUUUAUCCCGUGUUUCCGGCAGAUAAGAGCGCCGAAAUUGUGGUUGAGUGGGUGAAGAAGAAUAAAAUUUGAGUCCACAGAACGAGGUGGAGAUUGUCAUGCUAUUAUUUUGCGAUUGGUUUGUCAUGCCCCAGAUAACAGGUCGCUAUGAAUUCGCUUAGAGAAUUCGCAGAGAAUGUCGCGUUAAAACAGAGAACUCGAAUUCUCUCAGAUUUCGUUAUUAUUCUCGUAUCGAAUUCGCAUCGAAGUCGGUAAUUAUUCGUAUCUAAAUUCGAUAUUACGCUCAUUUCAGAAUUCGUAAUGAAUUAGACUCGAAUUCUCAGAGAAUUAUUCUAUCGAAUUCGAAACGACUUCACUAUGAAUUCUUAAACGAAUUCGCUGUUAUUGUAGUGAGGAAUUCUCCCCGAUUUCGAUAGGAAUUCUUCUUACAGGAAUAGGAGACUAUAAACUGUUCGCCUUGAAUCUCGAAUUCGUAAAUAAUUCUUAGAGAAUUCACUGUGAUUUCUCUCUUUCACGCUGUUAUUGUAUUUUUAAGUAAUUUUAGCUGCCACAUUCAAAUCUUUCCUCAUGGGAAGGAGACGACUUUUUCAGUUGAGUGCUCGCUACAAAAGAAGACUUGUAAAAACACCAAGUGAAAUUUUCGAGGAAAAUUUCGAUAGUGACCUAGUCCAGGCCGAAAGGGAAAACAUUUAUUCCGAACAAGUGUUCGAGGAAGAUCUGGAAGAAAUUGAAGUCGGAAGUAAGUUCAGCUGAAACUAUUAACUCAGAAAGUGAAGAUGCGGUAGCAGCUCACCCAAGGACUCCAAAUUAUCCAGACGAGGGCACAGUUGACGAAGAAAUACAAAAAUCUCUUAAGAAAGUCGCAGAUAGAGUUGGGAAGCGUAUGAGGAAGUGACUUAACGUCGCGGCCAAUUUCAGUACCAGGGUCAUCUGAUUAUUCAACUUAUGUUUAUUUUAAUAGAAACAGUUAUGUAUAUUACAUAAUAUUUAGAAUAAAUCAAAUAAACUAUAAGCUGGAUUAACUCGAAA